AUGCUCGAUAGUUUCAGCGAGGAAGUUGGCAUGAUUCCUAACAGGGCUCGCAUGGUUCCUAUCAAGAAGCUGCGGGAGUUGCCCAUUCCAGCCAACGGUCCUAGAACACCUAUUGCUGUCAAGCAAUUCUUGUUGCUAGCUACUGGUUCGAUGCUCGUGCCAACAUUUUCUCGGAGGUGCAAGCUGGACUUUGCCCCUUACCUAGGUGGGAGUGUUGAGGACGUAAGGGUGUACGAUUGGUGUACAUUUAUUGUCCGUGAACUGAAAGUAGAGUUGAUUGUUGCCAAGAAAAAAGAACAUAGUGCAAAGGCGUUGGACUCGCCGGGAAGAUAUGACCUAGCUGCCGCUCUGCUGAGUAGGGAAGAAAUCGCCUCUCACAGGCAGCUCCAGCCGGUGGCUAUUGGGGGUACUAGUGCAGCAGCUGCCAGCAGUUCAGCUCCUCCUCCAGAUCGUGCACCGAUGCCCACCGCGGAAUGGUGGGAGACUGAAGAUUUGACUAGCCUUUCGCUAGGGCAGCUUAAGGGAUUGAAGGAAAUGACUGAGAGCAUGAUUGAAAAGUGGGUGGCUCGAAGGGACAAGGUCCAAACGGUUGUCCGGAAUUUUGAACAGCAAGAGUGA